UUUCUCGGUGGCGUCGGUUGGUAAUUCAUUCAUUUAUAACUUACUCAACUGCCCCCAAGAACCAAGAGCGAAUAAAUAAGUUGAAGCAGUCGUUCCAUUUGGCAGAAUGGAUGUUGACACUGGGAAGAUCUGUCGAUGUUGCCUAAGUUUGAAUUCUAAUCCUCUCCUUUCGAUAUACCAAUCAGAUGGUGCCGGCGGUUGUGUGGCAAACAUGAUAGCUUCUAUAACCAACUUAGAGCUUCGGCAGCAUGACAAAAUGCCCGAAAAGGUCUGCCUGUCCUGUGCUAGUGAGAUAAAUCGUUGCUAUGUGUUUAAGAUCAAAUGUGAAAGCUCCAAUAAAACUUUGAGACAAUUGCUGCCGGAUGUUGCUGUGGAAUGCGAUUCGCUUGAGAAGAAUUCCGUGAGGGCUAUUGGAAUACAAACGGAUGCUGUAUGUGUGAGGAGUACACUAUGCCAAACACUGGAUUUUGCAAGUACUACAAUGAAAACAAAGGAGGUUCAAACGGAAGCGGUUACUUACAAUGAAUCCAACGAAGAAGGCGCUAAUGAGGGGUUGCAACUCACACAUUGUGGAGACGAUGCCGGCUUUUGCGAAAAUAGGGAAAAAGAACGGACUGCCUUUAAAACAUUACGUUCUGAACAACAUUUCUCUUUGGUUACAAGUGAACACAGUGAAAAUGGCGAGUCAUACAUUGUGGUGGAGACUGACAGUAUUAAUAACGAUGAGUCUAGUAUGCCGGAAGAGCACAAGUAUCUUGUUCAGGAAAGUGUUGAUCCUGCCGGCGAUGAGAUUAUUGAAAACAAUGAGGAGACAUCCUCUUUUGACUUUUAUGAAGAUAUGGAGCAGAAUAUGCCAGAAUACAGUGAGACAAAAUCUUACAAUGGUGUUGGAAACGAGUGUAUCAACCAAGCGAACGAUUAUAGAGCUGAUGAUGCUAAUGAACAAUAUGCUAACGAAACAGGUGUGCAGACCGACAUUGCUUCAAAAAGAUUGCGUUCUUCUGGAAAGCGAAAGGAGCAACACAAAUGCCCCAUGUGUAUAAUGGCAUUUGUAAGUUUAAAAGUGCUAAGACGCCACAUUGCCAAGCGACACUCGAGCGUUGACAUAGACGACGCCGUCUCCAAAACAGCCUAUACCGCUGAAGUACAACAAGAAAGCGAAGAAAAUUUGUCUAAUUCGGAUGUGGUUACAGAUUCGCAACAAGAAUUAACCGAAGUAAAUGUUCCCAAACCUCGUCUUUUAUCCCGAACUAGACAUUCAAAUAAGCUCAACGAACAACAAUACUCCAGUUUCAAGUUCUAUUGUGAAUAUUGCCAAGCUGGAUUUGCCCAAAGGAAGACAUUGACAUACCACAUGAAACAGAACUGUAUGACUAGUAAUUUUAAAUGCGCCCAAUGUGAACGCAUUUUUAUAUCGAAGGAAAAAUUAGACGAGCACAAUCUGACACAUAAAAAUCAUCCAUGCUUGGAAUGCAAACACGUGUGCGAUAGUGUUGAAGAAUUGAGUGAACACAUGAUUGAGGUUCACAAUCGAAAUGCCCGAAAUCAGUGUCAUGUCUGUAAGAAAGUAUUUACGAUGAAAGCGUCUCUUAUUGACCAUUUGCGUGUGCACAGUGGUGAUAAGCCAUUUGUAUGCACCAUUUGCGGUAAGCGUUUUACACAAAAUUCCAAUUUACGCCAACACAUAAUGCGUCAUCAGAACAAAAAGGAUUUCAUGUGCGAUCUUUGUCCGAAUGCCUAUGUCACUAAGGCAGAAUUGUUUUCACAUAAGCGAACGCACACCGGAGAAACACCAUUUAAAUGCAAUUUUUGCAAUACCAGCUUUACUUCGUCCUCCUCUCUACAAAAGCAUGUUCGAAAACACACUGGGGAGCGGCCAUAUUCCUGUGACAUCUGUCCCAUGAGAUUCACCGCCCUGAACAUCCUUAAAAAUCACCAUAGAACACACACGGGUGAGCGGCCGUACAAAUGUCUAUUCUGUGAAAAAAGUUUUACGCAAAAAGGCGAUUGCUUACUACACCAACGUACUCAUGAGUUUGGCGAGAUUAAAUGCUUUUGUGGAUCAACGUUCUCGAAAAUAAAUAACCUAAGGAUACACUUGAAAGUAAAGCAUCCAAAUAUGACCGAUGAGGAAAUUAGAUCAAUAAAUGAUCUACUGAAAGUCAAGUGCAACAAGGAAGAAGAUACUGAAACACACAUAACGCUGAUGGAAGUAGGCGAUGAUGACGAGGGAGAAAUGACAUUGAAUACCUCACGCGUAGAUAAUGGCGAUGAAAUGACGGAAAUAGCUAUGUAAUUUGUGUGUUUUUAUAAUAAAAAAAAUAUAUAAAAAGCCUAUGUUUGAAAAAGAAAAA